CUACGAUUCGUAAUAUCUAACAAAAAUGUCUUCAACCAGCACGCCAAAUGCCAUCGAUGACAGUGAGCCUUUGGCCGGAAUCAUCAACACAAUCGACAAUCUGGAGAACACUCUCAGCAAUCUUGAGCUGGAUGUCCGUAAUGAACUCAACACCCAGCGGUUGUUGUACCGAUGCCAGCUGAAUCUGGCCGGAAGAUGUCCUUCGGUAGAUCGCGUCCGCGAUACCGACAGUCAAUCUUCCCAGGGAAAGGGGUCAAUAGUCAGCAAAUUUAGCGGCUGUAACUGCCGCUGCAAUCAAGCUCUGGAAAUCUAUCUGGGUCAACUUCGCAGAGCACAGACCGAACAGGAGGAAUUACUCCGGGUUAUGAAAAUGAAAGACGAACAAACUAAACUCUACCGCUGCAAGCUGAUGGAAUCUAAUGCCACCGUCGAGCGCCAGAAGCAAGAAAUCAAGGCACUCAAGGACAAUGAAGAGCUCAUAACGCAAAAAAUCAAUACCGCCCUGGAGGAGGAGAACCAAACCCUAAUGACCGAGAUCGAACGUCUGAAGAGCCUUCCGGAUGAGCUGCAGGCGCGGGAACGUGCCCUCAAGGUGGCCAACAAGGAGCUGCAGGAAACGAAACUCACGCUCAAGUCCCUGCUGCUUGACAUUGAGUCCGGUUUGGAGACGUGCGAGGACAUCUCCGGCGAGCUGCAACAGGAACGGAAACGUGCUUUUAACACACUGAACGAGAUCGACGAGGAAAAGCGUAAAGUCCUCAGCUGGAUCGCCAAGUAUAGCGAACUGAAGCAACAGUACGAUUCAGCCGUACAGCAGAAGGAAUCCGUUGCCCAAUUGAGUAUUGCCCUACGGGAGAAGACUACGAAGCUAGAAGCUCUAACGAAGGACUACGACGCUCUUAGGAAGGAAAGCGUUGAUUAUAUUUCUAAUGUGGAAACCGUGAAUGAAAAGCAGAGAACGGAACUCCAGGAACGCGUAGUGGAACUGGAAUGCCAAAAUCUCCAGUAUAAGAUUGCCCUUGAGGAACAGUGCCAAAAAACGUCUGAAGUAUCUCAUAAUAUGCAACGGGAGCUUCUCAGCCUGGAGAUGAAAUUCGUCGAUGCUCAGGAAGAGGUCAGUGCUUUGAAGAGAUACAACGAAAAGGCGGCAGCAAGUGCGGAGUACACAGCCCGGCGCCAGAGUCUGGUAGGUGACGAAACAUCUGAAGACCUGCCAUCGCUAAGUCCACCGUACUGCAAAACGUGUGGUGUAGAUUUUUCAUCGGAAAAGGUGGAUUCCGAACAUGCGUGUUCUGAGGAUAAGCUAUCGGCGAAAAGCGAAAACUAUGAAACGGCUUCGGGUUCUGGCAAGUCCAAUGGUAACGGCAUAGCUUCAAAGAGUAAUGAAUCCAAUUCCUAAGAGAUUUUGUUGAAAUACUUUGAGAAUAACAACAGUGCUCAAAUCAGCUCCGUAGACUUGUUUUUACUCAUCAACUGGAAACGGUAACCCACCUCGCCCACACUUCUUUUCCGGGAACCAGCGAAGCAUGUCUAUCUACACUCUGGAAUCAAUGUUAUACGGGAGCCAUUUGAAACCUUGGCAAAAUAUUUGUAUUUCACCCUCUAUCUAUCAAAUGUGCUUUGUUUCGCUAGCUGCACUGACAACGCCUUGUUGACAUUUCAGUUUCCUUUGGCAUACAGACCACUUUAUCGGACUCACGUCGUACGGAAUGUUUUAUCGGUGCAUAAAAUCCGACACCUAGGUGAACUGGAAAAAUAAAGCUGUCAAGCAAUUGAAUUGAUGAUGGAUUUGAACAGAUAAAUAGAACAACAUCUAAAGUACUUCUUACAGAAAAUGUUUACUAAUUCCGCAAAAGAAAGAGAUAUUAAUUCAGAUUAAAAUACCUGAUUAGUAAACUUUUAAAUGGUUGAACUCUUGCAGAAAAAAAGCCUAAUAAUGUUAAGUAGCACACAGCAUUAAAUUGAUAUUCUAUAAAUUAUAUCGCAAUCCAUUGGAUUGGUAUGUAUAGAGAGCCAGCACCACGGCCGAUACUAAUUUACUCAUGAGUAUUUUCAUUCAACACAACUCAAACAGUAGGUACAGACCCUGGCGGACAAAUUGAAGAGCAGUGCGCCAAACGGGUGGUACCGAUGAGCGCCCCAUGAAAACGAUUACAGCGCACGUGAGAGGCGUGAACCUGAAGGGAGCCAGCAGCAGCAACAGCAGACCUUUCAUGCUGAUGCCGGUUUGUAAAUGGAGGUAUCGCGUAACGAAGAUCACGACACGAGUGUACACACUUUAGUUAAAUGGGAUCAAUCAACAUGUCAAGGGAAAGGAAAGGAGGAGGCCUAUUGACUUCGCUAUUGCUAAGUAGUUUUUAGGACAGUAGGCAAUCGAUGAUGAACCAGAUAAAAAUGUUCAUUUGUUCAAAAGUGUGUUCAGUUAAUGUUACCGAACUGGGAAAGUUCUUCGAAGAAACCUGAGGAAAGUAUUUCCUGUAGGUCAUCCCUACAAUAACCUGACAACAAAUUACCAUUAUACGGCUGCCACCGUUGUAACUACAAAUCGGUGGAAAAUUGGCACUGCAAAAGCAAUUAAACAUAUUUAACGCAUGGGUUUCACGCUUCCACAACACGUGCUCGCGAGCAAUCUUCAAGUGGUCGUGCUAAACUGCCGUGAAUCGCAAGUCAGUCCCAUAUGUAAAAAGUAGGCAUUGAGAAAAUGGCCUCUAAAGUUUUCAAAUUCGAUUUCUAUGCGAAACUCUAUAAAAUCGCCAUAAAUUGAAAACUUCUGCGAUCAUCAUGAAACUUCCACAUAUUGUUUCAAACUUGGAAACGUAACAGUGAAAAAUAUAAAACUGGCUAAAACAAUGUUAGGUUUUGUACUGGAGGGUGCACAAGUUCGUAAUGGGACUGACUUGCGAUUACAUUUCAUUAUGGGACAAUUUGACUUGGUGUUGUUUUUCAGUUUUACUGAACAAACUAUAUAUUUUUUUGCACGCAGCUGAAAGAUCAUCCGAAGAAAGCUCGAAAACGGCCAUUAACUCAUUUUUGCCCAAAAUGCAGAUGGGACUGACUUGCGAUUCACGGCAGUAAAGCCAUCGCAAAUUACGAUAAGUACGUAUUGCCUUUUCAAGCUUUUUGUUAGUUUGAAUUCAAGGCCAGCUGGUUUAAAACAACUAUAGUUCAUAGUUUAAUUUAACCCUUAUGUGGCCGACAGGGUACCCGGGUACCCAGCGCCCAUUUAAAAAGCACGGUGUAGAAAAAAAGCAAAAAAAUUGUCAGACACAUAACGGUUAAAGACUGCUCAACCAAUUCUAUUAUUUUUUGUUAUUAUGCCUCUCAAGAAAAAUCAGAAUAUGGCGAUUAUCUGCCUCUGGCUUCUGAUAUUAGCGCGACAGUCACUAAUCAUAACAGCGUCACCAGAUUUAAAAGUAUAUAAUUCCAUUAUAUGGGGUUUGACAGCAAGAACACUCAUUCCACUGAGCCACUCUUGCCGUUCGUCACAAAUACAUUCAAAAACAUCUGUCACUUCGCGAAAUCCACGUGCUUUUGUUUUUGGCGGGAACACUUUUUCUUUUGUUUUGCCUUGCGACUGUCAUGCGGUGGUAUGCCUUGCGAGCGUACCACCGCGGCGGUGGCACCGCCGCAGGACUCUAAUAAAAGAUAAGCGCGACAAUAUUUAAUGUUUUUGAAUAAUACGUCAAUCAAUACUUAGUAUAUGUAAAUACUUGAAACAAAUUCAAUCUUAGGAUUGCUAACGAAGAUCAACUGUAGAUCACAUCACUUAAUUAUAUAAAUUUCAAACAUCUAGGGAAUCGCGCCACUUGGGCGGUGGCUUCUAUAUUCGUCUGUUUUCCACUAUAACUCAGUCAAAUUUGAACCAAUUGACACAAGUUUUGGAAUGUGGUGAGAUAGGUAUAGUAUCUACCCGUGUACAACAUUUCAAAUAAAUUGGUUCAAAACUGACUGAGUUAUAGUGGAAAACAGACGAAUAUAGAAGCCACCGCCCAAGUGGCGCGAUACCCUACAUCCACCAUAAAAUUCUCUUUUGAUUAAUGUUUGAAAUGUGUCACGUCUGGUAUAAGCAAUUUGUGGCAAACACAAACAAACCGGUUCGCGCACUUCGUUUAGUUUUCAGUUUCCAAUUCUUUUCGGUUCGGUAUCAGUCAAAUGAAUCAAUUUCUUUCUUUUCGAGAAUGUUCACUUAACGGAAGAAAAAAAAAACGAAAACAGUCAGCCCCUCGCCUUAAAUGAAAAGAAUGCCUGACACACCCUUGAUGAUACAUAUCAUCAAUCAUUAGAAGUUCCAUGGUUGAUGGGAAUUAGGUCAUACAAAAAGUAUGUACAUGUUUUUUGCAAUUUCUCAUCGUAAUAGGCUGUUUUACCUCACGCAAAUCUGACAGGAAAAGGCCUACUUUCCCACACCAAAUUAACAGUGCUGUAAUGGUUCAUUACAGCACUGAUUUGCGUUGCGUAAUGAACCAUUACAGCACUGUUUUCAGUUUUGGUCAACUUCUUGAUGCUUUCUGAACGCAGUUUUGAAAAAUUGUGACAACUGCACAGUAUAACCUGUUAUGUUCAGAUUUUCUCAAACAUGGCUAUGAACAUCAGUAUGCAGUUUGAUGAAAAAGUUUUGUUAAAAACUAUCCUCAAGGGUAAUUUAUGAAAUUGCAAAAAAACGUUGUACGCAACUCGGUGCAGAACUUGAUUUUUCCAGCACUCGUCGUAAUUAUCCAACUCGGCAAGCCUCGUUGGAUAAAUGUCCACCUCGUGCUGUAAAAAUCGUCAUUCUGCACCUUGUUGCGUAAACUACUAUUGGUGUUCUCGUUUCGACACCUGCUGGUGGUCCUACAUCCAUCCCAGUACGUUGGAAGAUUCUAGUAUUGAUUUCGCGAUUGUAAGAUGUCGAAUUAACAUUGAUAUCUUCGAUCAAAGUUUGCAAUUAAUAACAUGAUCCAAUGCAACAACCAGAUCCCAACAUUCAAACGUUAUUUAAAUUUCGAAUAGCGAAAACAAAUACCUACACAUAGGAAGAAAGUUCUUACAGCUUUCAAAUUAUCCGCAUCUUCAAUGCAGAGCAACGGCCAGACGUGCUGGCUGAACAACUCCCGUCUGGAAGAUUGAUCCAUUAUUCUAUUAUAGUUAUGCAAUCUGGUGCUGAUUCCUCUGAUUCUUCUCGCGUUUAGCUGGCUUACAGUUCGCAUAAAUAGGAAUUCGUGCAAAUAUUUGCUCUCGAGGAGCUGCAGCGCGUCUUUAGCUUUUGUAUUCCAACCAUAUGAAAUCUGGUCGGAGAAGUGAUGCAUGUGAUUGUGAACAAUUAUUCCCUGUAGCGUACACCAUAUACAAAUGGGGAUAAUGCUCCUACACGACACACACACAUGGCAGAGCCUUUCCGGAAACAAGUGGAAACGGCAAUUGCGAAUCUCAAGUAUCUGGAGGAGUGGCUUCUUCACUUUGAAGUUCAUUGCUCAUGUGUACAUAAAUGUGACAGAGAGCCUCCCACCAAAUUGUCUCCCAGCUCUUCAAAAUCGCAGUGUGCUGCGCUGCUAGGAGGCUCACGAAAAUCUGGUGGGUGCGAGCUAGGCACAUAGCUCCCGGGGAGCUCGUCUCAUGCGCUGCGUGAGCUGUUGGUAUCUAAGGUGAAAAACACCUUCUUGGUAACGAAGAACCUCAACAACUUUUUUCCGUACACAACACAAGUGUCUGGUUGGUCUAUGCGAUACGACUAGGGACUCUCAAUGCAACGGUUAAGGUUUCAAUUCUCGUUCGUUUAGGAAGUUUUUGUCGUGAAAUUUUCUAAUUUAAUCAGCGCAUGAGACGAAGCUCAUGAGACACAUCUUGAGAAAAAUGAGGCGCACAACUUUCAGUCUCAAAAUGUACUGUGCUCCUGGGAGCUAGCUUGCAAUGUGGCUCGCGUACAUGGGACUACAGCACGUGUACAUCAACUCUGCUUUGAACCCGGCUUCGAACAUUGACAGCAAGCUGCUAGAUGACGGUUGAUAAAACACACAUUCUUUUAGACGAAUUAUAUCACAAUUUGAAUGUGUGUUUUAGAAAAUCAGAAUGGUUUGUUAAAGCAGUUCCAGAUUCAUUAUGUUGUUUCCUUUUUUCUUGUAUAAGUGAUACAUUCUAUCUGAGAUAGAGCCAAGGAUGGAACCUUUAUUUCAGCAUGGUAUACUACAAGAAUCUCCGCAGUUCACCAGCAGAAAGCCUUGAUGCAUGAUUUGAUCUUUACAUGUUAACCAAUUGAUGUAGUUUUUUGCACGAUUAUACUUCAUAGGAUAUGUGUACCCUUCUUCAUCCUAAGCCCCUAUGUUUUUCAAAAACUUGUUCAAAAACAGUCGACAGAUUUGUUAGAAUCCCAAAAUAACCGCCACAAUGGCCGUCUUUGACACCUACUCAGGAUUUUGAGCGCACAAAUCUCUUCGUAAACAAAACCAGCGCACGUGAUCUUCUUAUUUUAAGCUUAUUACAAGUGAGCAAGAACAGAAUAAUAAAAUGCAUUGUUGUUUGCAGCUUGCUUCUUGAGAUUUGUGCGUUUGGAGCUCAGAUGGACUGUUUAAGCGGGAUUUCAAGAUGUUUGUCCUUAAGCACCGAUUCAUCCAUUCCGUCUGUUAACAUGCAUGCUCACUCCUAACAAAAAAAAUGUUCUCUACAUCAGUAUAACUCGAAAGAACAGCCUAUGAUUCUAAGAAGGAAAAAAACUUUUAACGGUGUUGUGAUCCAUAAUCUGAAUCAAUCACCUCUCGUAGGAUUUUGUACCGGGCAGAUCAAUGCAAAUUUCUUAACUUAGAACUGAACAACCUGAUCAAUGUCAAACCUGAUGACGUGAAGGGCGCGUUUACGCCCUUGACAAUUACGCAUAUGCAGAAUGCUCAAAACAUGGCGUAAAGAUUGUCCUCGGUUACGCCAAUGCGCAGGUAGGAAGAGAUGACUUUUUUCGUCCAAUCAUGGGAAGGGAGAGCCUUAAUUCACUCCUUCAUAAACGACAACGGCCUGACCGCGCUGCCAUAUAGUGCCGCGUGAAAGUGAGAGUGCGCGUCCAAAGGAUUUUCGUUGAUUUGCUGUUGUUGAUAUUCUUCUUUGCAGCUUCGCACACGUGCACUCCGACUCUCACGCGUAACUAUAACGGCGACCUGAGAUUAGAUUACGUUCCUGCUGUCAACUCAGACGUCGUUGAUUUGAUGUUAGAACUUUUGGGGGUCCCAACAUCGAAUCAGAUAACUACCGCGUAGGUAAGAUUCGAGCUCGGUCAUAAACCGUACCAGACUCCAAGAACCGCCGAUCGAUGCGUUUCAACAUCCAGCGUUUUUCAACAGACGGUAAGGUAGCUGAACCGAAUUGCAGAAGUUAGACGAUCGGAUAAGUGAGAUCAACGAGAACGAUAAUCUCAUCACAAUGUGGGAGUCCAUCCAUAGAGCAAUGAGUACGGCAGCGCGGAAGGUAAUGAGCACUGCUCAAAGACGACCUAAGUACUAGUGGUUCAACGAUAAGCGAUGGAUGCUUGCUUUUCGGGGACCCAGAGCAGAACAGGGAGCGAUGAACGGAAGCAAGAACAGCCGAAAAACAAUCCACCAUAGAAAGAAAAAAGACUAUAAGUUAAAAGUGAUUGCUCAAGCGCAAGAAGGUAUGGAACAGAAUGAUAUGCGUAGGUUUUACAAAACUGUCAAUGGCAGCCGGAGAGAAACAGCGCCUUCUCCCGUCAAGUGCAACGACAUUGCGACAUUGAAAAUAAACUAUUAAACAAUUAAACCAUUAAACUUGCUGACUAACAAAACAAAGGUGGCUGCCUGCCAGGUGAAGUUUGCAGGGAGUUCUUGAUAAGAUUCUGCCGGGGGUUUAUCAACCUUCCGUAAGUCGCGCGGUUGGCCACCACCGUCAGCACCGUCAGCACCACGUUAAUGCUGAGUACAGAAGGCGAGCUUUUUUCAAUGUGUUGUACAAAAUACAACAGCUCCAGGGUUAAGGAUUCCUUCAGAAGUUCCCUCUAGUUCAAAAACUCAUGCCAGGAUUCCUCAAGGAAAUACGCCCGAGAUUCUUCCAGAUAUUUUUUUCUGGGAUUUCUUGAAUACCUUCUGAGAUUACGUUAGGAGCUCCUGAAUUCCUUCAAAAUUCCUUUUCGGGAAUUUCUUCCGUGGUUUCUACACAAAUUUAUUCUAGGAUUUUCUUCUGUGAUUCCUCCAGGGAUCUUUCAGGAUUUCUUCAGAUAUUCGUUCUGGGACUUCCAUGGAUUUCUACAAAAGUUCGGGGAAUCCUUCAGGAAUUCCAUCCUAGAUUCUCAAUAGUUUCUUUGGGAAUGUCUUUAAAAGUUUUUAUAUGACUUCCAAUAUUCCUGGAAAAUAUGGCUGGGGAUUCCAACAAUUCCACCCGGGAUUUCUUCCAGUAUACCUCCAGGAGUUCUCUCUAGGAUUGCUUCAGAAAUUCCUUCCAAGAUUCCUGCAGAAACUCCUUCCACAACUCCGUCUGGGAUUCCUUUUAGGAAUUUCAUGCGAGAUUCCUCCCGGAGUUUCUUUUGGGAUUUCUUCAGGAAUUCUUUCUGAGAUCCUUCUACGAAUCCUACAAGGACUUCUUUCAGUAUUCUUCCAAUUUCUCCGGGAUUCUACCAGAAGCUCCUUCCAGGAUUCUUUCAGCAACUACUUCUGGAACUCUGGUAUUCUGUCAGAAAUUGCUUCUGGAAUUUCUUCAGGCGCUCUCACGUGGAUGGGAACUUUUUCCGGAAUUCCUUUGGAAAAUCUUGCCGAGAUUCUCCCGGGAAAUUCUUUCGGAAACUUCAGAAACUUCUUUCAGAAGCUUUCGAGACUAUUUCCAGGAUUCGUUCCGUUUCGAGUUUCUGCAGAUUUUGCUGGAUUUCCGCCAGAAGUUCAUUCUGCAAUUCCUUCAGAUGUUUUGAUGGGCAUAGCAUAGCAUAGCAUAGCAUAGCAUAGCCGACCGUACACAUCCUGGGGUGGCUGUCGAUAGAGACGUUUAAUGCGCCAGAAAAGCUGCCUGGGGCUUGACAGACUUUUCAUUGAACGAACUCUCGACACCUGGCCAGGUCCUUACGAUCAGCGGGGAUGGGGAGGAAAUGUUGAUUAGAUAUCUACUCAGAAUAUGUCCAAGAACUUGGCCCACUUCAUAGAUAUCUGGAGUUGGAAGUUGGAUGGGGUUUUAUAGGAUGGUUUCCGUGGCGAAAAAGCGUAUGAAAAGAUGUUGUAAAGCAAUAUUUAAUUAUGUAUCAUUAUUUACCUUAUUACCGCUGAAAGAGUAAAAAUUAGAAACAUAUGUGGAGGUUGUUAAACGAUGAUUAUAUUUUAGAAUAAACUUGAGUACUUGUUUGAGAUAAAGUUGCUAUCAUUGGAAGAAAAAAUAGAGUUAAUGUUUACCCAGG